GAACCGUUCUUCAGAUUCUCAUAUUACGUGCCUGUUGCUGCCAACGCAAUUUUCUAUCUAUUCUUACAAUACGAAAUAUCGUUUUUAACUCGUUGUCCGGGGGUGUAUUUAAUAAGUACAUGAUUUUCAUCCCUUAUACAAUAUCGGCGUUAUGACAUCGGCGAAGGAUGACGAAGAUUUCUGGUACAGCAGCGAGAAGCGAUCGUUUUGCUUCGAGAACAACGAGGUGGACCAAUUGUUCGGCGUGUCGAAAACCGACACGGACCGAUUAUGGGCGGGUAUAUCAAACGCAUCUCAAUCCGAGGAGAGUUUAAAGACUGCCACUGAUUAUCAACCCCUGAAGCCUAUGCUCUCUAUAAUUUCGGAAAAAACUCUUUCUUGCAUUUUGGCUACCGAUAAAUUGCAAAAUGUUCAUCAAGAAACGGCUGCGGUUCAGCCAGAUAUUACUUUGAGAAAAAUUUUACUUGGACAACCGUACACUUUGGAGCAGUACAAAUCGCUCGCUAGUAAAACUGCUUUAUUGGACGCAGCGGUUACCAGCGGGGAUGGAAAUGCAAUUUUAAUAAUCAUCUUGUUUUUAACGAAAACUCUGAAAAGAGCUUUACUCCAAAGGAUGUUAGCAGAGAGGCCAGACGCUGUGAAGGUUUACGUACGAUACUUGUCGAUACGAUUACAGCUGAAUGAAAUCACAGAUAUUUUAACGUACGUUAAUGAUCUAUAAUUUUUGAUGAAGAUGUUGCAUAUUAUUAUAAAAAAUACCAGAGACCCUGACAGAUUAUUGUACAAACUUCGGAAUUGUUACAAGACUCAAUUCUCCUCGUUAACCGAUUGCAAGGAGGCUUCGUUCGUACAAUCAUACAUAAAAUUGCUCGAAUGGCAAAUGGCAGUGAAAAAAAUAGACGGUAACGAGAGCGUCGAAUUGAAUUCGUCCGUUCUCGAUUGUUUAAAACACGCGUGCAGGACUCACGCGAGUUCGCCCGAGGGUACGUUGAUGUCUCCUACGAUUUUAUCUCAACUGCACGACGUCUCUUCUAGACAGUAUCAAAAAAUCGCAUUGGAAGUUCGAGCAUCGGCCAAUGAAUGGGACGACGUCGACAAGCUGCUUCUAACGAAGGGAUGGCUAGGGAGUAAAAAGUUGCAAAUUCACCUACCCAUCGAAGACGUGCUGAAAAUAUUACACAAAAACGGUGCGCCUUCUGAGGUCCUCGAAAAGUAUUUGAAAUACGUCGACUAUGUCGAGAGGCGAUUAGAGCUUGCGAAAAAUAUGCACUGUUUCCGAAUAGCGAUCGACAUACUCGCCCAACAAGCAGAUCGCGUUGCGUUGAUGGAUUACAAAAUGAAACUGCAACCCCAGUCGGAGGAAUAUUUCUACGCGGAAAGCGCGCUCCGACUGCCAUCAGUCAAAUGGAAAAACUGACAUUAAUUCUAUUUAUUGUAUCACAUUUUUCAUUAUUUAUUACUCGAAAAAGAUAAUCGUCACUUGUAAACGAGUUAUAUUUUAUCUCCUGACAAAAUCUACGGUUUUAAACAUUGAUAAAGAUUCGUAAAUUAUUACUCAUUAAA